UUAAACAUCACUUAGGGACUAUUAUGUAAAUGUGCCCCCACCCCAAUUAGACUUGAACCGUUUUCUCUCUCCUCUUUCGUGGUUGCGAAGGGGAAGAACUGAGUCACCAACGACUACACUGCUGAGUUGAGCUUUCCAUCUCUGCAUUUUUCCAGUGCAGGGAUGCAGGCGAAUUCCUUGCCAUCACCAGCUGUGGUGUUCUGUCGUGGAUCAUCCUUACACUUGUCUUUUCCUACUCAUGUAGCACAAACUCUCUCUACCUCAACGAUAUAUGGAGCUCGAUUGAGCAUGUUCCCACAAGAACUAACCCGUAACCCUAAGAAAUGGGAACGACACUCUUCACCUUUAACAAUAGACAUAACCUUGAGCAACGAAGACACCGAGAAAUGGGCAUCUAGCAGAGAAGCACUAUCGGUGUUCAACUUCACCGUUGAAGAGCAGGACAAGAUGCUCGGGAAAGCAUUUGGUCAAAUUCAUUCGCCCUACUGGGGCGAAGAACGGAAAGUAGAGAUACCGAAUCACGAAAUAGUGAACGAGAUACUCGAGUAUUUGAGAAGUUUGAGCCUCUCUGAUGAAGAUCUCACAAAGGUUUUAAAGAAGUUUCCGGAAGUUCUCUGUUGUUGCCUCGAGAACGAGGUGAAGAAUAACGUACAGAUUCUGGAAAAACAGUGGGGUAUAACGGGGAAGCCUUUGAAGAAUCUUCUUGUUCGUAACCCUAAAGCUUUGGGGUAUAAUGUUGAUUGUAAAGGAGAUUGUAUUGCUCAAUGUACUCGUUGCUGGGCUAGAUUUUAGAUGAACUUGUAUUUUUUGUGUGUCAAUAACUCAAAUAUUAUUCUAUCUGAAGUAUAUACAUUUACCUGUA